CAGCGCGCUCACGUCAAAACUCACAGCGUCCUUCCGUCUCCGCGGAAGGUCAAUCAGUGCUACAGACGCGGUGUAAACGAUCCUCUCUGAACGGAUAAUUUACGGUAACCAUAUAGUGUUAUUUCCAGAAGCGGAUCGUUGUCUUGGUUUAGCGGAAAACACGCGAGCAGAAUGAGUUCGGCGGGGCUGGAGAAGCUGCGGAUGACGGGCGCGGGCAAAGCCAUCGCCGCGCUGACGAGCGGAGGAGACGCGCAAGGUAUGAAUGCAGCGAUCCGCGCUGUGACCCGAAUGGGCAUCUAUGUGGGCGCCAAGGUGUAUCUGGUUUAUGAGGGUUAUCAAGGGCUGGUAGACGGAGGAGACAAUAUUAAACUGGCCAACUGGCAAAGCGUCACCAAUAUAAUUCAGCUGGGAGGGACGGUGAUCGGCAGCGCGCGCUGUAAGGCUUUCACCACACGAGAGGGCCGUUUGGCUGCUGCCUUUAACCUGGUCAAACGCGGCAUCUCUAACCUGUGCGUGUGCGGAGGGGACGGCAGCCUCACCGGGGCCAAUAUCUUCCGCUCCGAGUGGAGCGGACUCCUCGAGGAGCUGGUGAAGAAAGGUCGAAUCACAGCAGAAACAGCCAAGCAGCACGGACACCUGAACAUCGUGGGUCUGGUGGGCUCCAUCGAUAAUGAUUUCUGUGGGACGGACAUGACCAUCGGCGCUGAUUCGGCCCUCAACCGCAUCACUGAGAUCAUCGACGCCAUCACCACCACCGCCACCAGUCAUCAGCGCACGUUUGUGCUGGAGGUCAUGGGCCGUCACUGCGGGUAUCUGGCACUGGUUUCAGCUCUGGCGUCUGGAGCCGACUGGCUCUUUAUCCCAGAAGCCCCUCCUGAGGACGGCUGGGAAGAGCGCAUGUGCACCCGACUGGGAGAGAGCCGCAGUAAAGGAUCCAGACUGAACAUCAUCAUCAUCGCUGAAGGAGCCAUCAGCAGAAGCGGUGAACCCAUCACCUCCAACUACGUCAAGGAUCUGGUGGUGUCGCGGCUGGGAUAUGACACGCGGGUCACUGUUCUGGGUCACGUUCAGCGGGGCGGGACGCCGUCAGCCUUUGACAGAGUCUUGAGCAGUAAGAUGGGCGUCGAGGCCGUGGUGGCCCUGCUGGAGGCGGGGCCAGACACUCCCGCCUGUGUGAUUGGCCUAUCAGGAAACCAGGCUGUGCGUCUCCCACUAAUAGAGGCAGUAGAGAUGACUAAAGAGGUUCAGAGGGCCAUGAAUGAAAAGCGUUUUGAAGAGGCCAUUCAGUUACGCGGCAGGAGUUUUGAGAACAACUGGAGCAUUUAUAAGUUGCUGGCCUACCAGAAACCUGCUGCGGUCCCGAGCCAGCACUCCAUUGCCAUCCUGAAUGUGGGAGCUCCAGCCGCCGGCAUGAACGCUGCGGUGCGGUCGGCGGUGAGGGUCGGUCUGGCCAUAGGACACCGGGUUUACAUCGUUAACGAUGGCUUUGAGGGUCUGGCCAAUGGAGCGGUGAAUGAAGUGUCGUGGAAUCAGGUGGCCGGUUGGACGGGUCAGGGCGGCUCUCUGCUGGGAACUAAACGAACCCUCCCAAGCACCUGCAUGGAGAAACUAGUGGAAAAUCUCAACAAGUUCAGCAUCCAGUCACUGCUCGUCGUUGGUGGUUUUGAGGCGUAUGAGGGCAUCCUGGAGCUGGUUGAAGCGAGAGGACGCUAUGAUGAAUUAUGUAUUCCCAUGUGCAUCAUCCCUGCCACCAUCAGCAACAACGUGCCAGGAACGGACUUCAGUCUGGGCAGCGAUACUGCGGUUAAUGCAGCGAUGUCUAGCUGUGAUAAGAUCAAGCAGUCGGCCUCAGGGACCAAAAGGAGGGUUUUUGUGGUGGAGACUAUGGGAGGAUACUGCGGUUAUCUGGCAACCACUACAGGCAUCGCUGUUGGUGCGGACGCCGCUUAUAUUUUUGAAGAUCCUUUCAACAUUCAUGACCUCAAGACUAACGUGGAGCAUUUGACAGAGAAAAUGAAGAAGGACAUUCAGAGAGGUCUGGUGUUGAGGAAUGAGAAAUGUCAUGAGCAUUACACCACUGAUUUCAUCUAUAAGCUCUACUCUGCUGAGGGGAAAGGCGUCUUCGACUGCAGGGUGAAUGUCCUGGGACACCUGCAGCAGGGUGGAGUACCAACACCCUUUGACAGAAACUAUGGCACUAAACUGGGCGUUCGAGCUGUGCAGUGGCUGACAGAGAAGAUGGCUGACAGUUUUAGACAAGGUCGUGUGUUUGCGAACACCCCGGACACGGCCUGUGUGGUCGGCCUGUAUAAGAAGGUUUUGACCUUCAGUCCCGUCUCUGAGCUGAAGGAGCUGACGGACUUUGAGCACCGGAUGCCCAAGACGCAGUGGUGGCUGAACUUCCGUCUCAUGCUGAAGAUGCUUGCCAAGUAUCAGACGCCCUUCAAUGAGUAUGUGACAGGAGAGAUCGAACACGUGACCAGACGCUCUCUCAGCAUAGACACCGGGCUUUAAAAACACACACCGGCAGUGCCAUCCUUUAGCAAACACACUAAACUGCCACUCCUCCGUUAAAACGGGUAAAUGCCUGAUCCUUUAGUGAGUAAAGGAGGCUAAGACUCCAGAUUUGUGCCUAAACCUGUAUUAGAGGCCUGUAUUUGCACCAUGUUUACUCAUGCAGUGACAAAACUAGAUCACUCCUGUUAUAAUCAAUACUGUACAACUGUUUCCUGAUAGCUGACAUAAUUGUGUUUACAAACAUUAUAUGCGUGAAUUGAUCACUAUGCAUUAAGCAUUAAGACCUUUUCAUAAAAUUCAGCUUGUAAUGUUUCUGGUCUCCACUUAAAAUCUAAUUGUUUCUAAGCGUAUAUAUAUAAGCUUACGCUUAUACAUAUAUAUAUACUGGGGGACAGAAGUUUGAAAUUAUUACGAUUUUUAAAUAUUUUUGAAAGAAGUCUCUUCUGCUCAACAAGGCUGCAUUUAUUUGAUGAAAUAUUGUGAAAAAUUGUAAAAUAUUAUUCCAAUUUAAAUAUGUGAAUACAUUUUAAAAUGUAAUUUAUUCCUGUGGUCAAGGCUGAAUUUUAAGCAUCAUUACUCCAGUCUUUAGUGUCAUAUGCUGAUUUGCUGCUCAAGAACAUUUCUGAUUAUUAUUAGUUGAAAACAGUUAUUUUUGUGGAAGCCAUUUUGUUUAGGAUUCUUUGAUGAAAAAGAUGUUCAAAAGAAUAGCAUUUAUUUGAAACUUAAUGCAUUGUUGCUGAAUAAAACUAUCAAUUUCUUCUUUUUUUUAAUAUACUUACCCCAAACUUUUGGUUUGGUAGUGCAUCACAGUUUUCAUAAAAUAUGAAGCAGCACAACUGUUUUUAACAUUGAUAAUAACUAAAAAUGUUUUUAAGCAGCCAAUCAGCAUGUUAAAAUUAUUUCUGAAUGAUCAUGUGACUCUAAAAGUAAUGAUGCUGAAAUUUCAGAUUUAAUCAUAGAAAUAAAUUACAUUUUAACAUAUAUUCACGUAGAAAACAGCUAUUUAAAAAAAAUAAUAUUUCACAAUUUUACUGUAUUUCUCAUCAAAUAAAUGCAUCUUUGGUGAGCAGAAGAGACUUGUUUCAAAAAUAUGUAAAAUGCCAAAUGUUUAGCUGCCAGUGUUUACUCAACUGUAGCAGGUCAGCAAAAUGAUUUUGCUGUUCCAAAACAACUAAUGCAGAUUACAUUUUGCAUACAUUUUCUUUCAUGGUGCAAUGCAACACCAGUCACUUCCAGUGAAAACACUGUGUUAUACUUUAUACUAAAACUGCUGCUGUUAGUAGAUAAUUCAGCACCUCAAAAGUUCCUACAGAAUUCACUGUUAUACACUGUCAAAUCCUUAUUUCAGCAACUUGAGGGAAAUGGUUUAAUACAUCGUGAUGAAGCGCAUCACGAGCAGAUACAGGUGGAGAUUAUGAACCUGGUCUUUGAUUGUAAAAUGCUUGAACAUGUAUUUUGUGGUUGUGAGCUUCAGUAACAUGACUGUUGUAUUGUGUGCCUAUCCAGUGUGAUUAGUGUGAAGCAAUAGGUAAUUCUAGUGCCGCAUGUUUUACAUCUACAGUAUUUUAUACUUUAGAUUAUACGGAAGCCAGUAUGUCACAAUGUAAUAAUUACAGCCUCAUUUUCUUUUUGCAAAACUUAAUUUUUCUUCUGCUUUUGGGGUGAAAUAAUGGCCUGGUGUGGCUUAGACUGAUUAUUUUCUUCAAGACUGGUCAUAUUAUAGCUUGGCUAACUACUAGCUGCUGAGGCUAGUUCUUAAAAUACAGCCUUAAAACAGUGUCUGUGCUUAUGCAACUUUUGGGAUUUUAACCUCAGAGCAUUUCAAUCAUCCUGUUUUACAUUGUAUUACUGUCAACAACUCUGAGGUUGUUGUUUUGCUGACAUCUAUUGAACUCUAAGUGUGCAGUAUAUUAUUCACUUACAGUAGUGUUUCUGUCUGUAAAUGUAAGCCAUUAAAAACCUCAUGUAAAAUGAAUGUACUGUAAUAAUGAGCUGAAUGUCAUAUUAAAAGGACUAUCCUGUCAUUUAAGAAAAAAUAUACAUAUAUUACAAUAUAAAAUAAAAAUGU